UUUCUCUUUCAACGAUUAGCAUGUGACCCCUGUAUGACGUCAAUCUUGCCCCUGUGAUUUGGUAAUGUCAUAGGGGUCGCUUACACUAGACCUACUAGUACACCACCGCUUUCUUCGUCCAACCAGCUUUGACAAAAACCAUAAUGGCAACCUGCAGUGGAUGUACCUGUGCCAGCGAAUGCCCAGCUUGUGGCCCCUCAGGGACCGGCUGUGCUUGCCCAAAGAACCAAUGUAACUGUCAGAAAUGUGUCAACAGCGCACAUUCAACUAAAUGCUCUUGCGCUGGUAAAGGGGAAGAUUGUGAAUGUUCCAAGCAGGGUCAAGCGUGUUCUUGUGAGUCAAAGUGAUGGACCCUGUUGUUUGAAAUGAGUAGGAUGGAGCGAAUUCAGAUCUGAGGCGGCGCGAGCGUUCGAAGUACAAUGUCUGUCUGUAUAUAUUGGUAACGAAACUUGAAACAUU